CUAAGAACCAGGGUUGUCAAUGGUUGCCUAGUCACACUGUUCAGGUCUGCGUGGACGCGUAAUACGCAAGCAGACAACCCUCGCUAGUGGUUUAAAAUCGCCUGCUGCUGUGGCCCAAGGCAAUUAUAGUUCCGGAGGCGUUUCCUCACUGCGAGAGGGCAUUAUUACUCACGGUGUUGUUCAGCAGAUGUCUGCUAUCAGCAUAGUAACGUGUCAUUCUCAACCAUGCCUUCCUGCUAUUGCCCCUAAUAACCUCGUUCCUCGGCCAAUGGUGACAAGACACCUUUUACGCCAAAUCUACCGCCAAGCAUGAGUACCGUGGACGUCUUUCGAGAUUACUACGACGCGCGCUCAAAUCAACGGUCAGGAAUGGCGUCCAACGCCACGUCUGGCCGCUCACCGUACGAUCCGCAGUCACAGACGCGGCCGGCACCCUCAGGGCUCCGCGCUACGAGAAGCCACCGGCGAGGCGCGUCGGCCGGUAGCCUGCUGAUUCCCGUGGAGCAAUGGCGGCAGGAGCAGCAGCAGCGGCAGGUGCAGGAGCCUCAGGAGGAGAUGCGGCAUGGAUUUGGUUAUGAUGAGAGAUACUACGAGCAGCCGCAGCAGCAACACCAGCCGCAGAAUAGCGCGCAAGAAGAGCAGCGAUACUACGAGCAACAGCAACAGCAGCGGCAGCAGCGACGGCAGCCGCAGGAGCAACGGUAUUGUCAGCCACAGGCCGAUCAAUACCAGCAGCAGCAGCAGCAGCAGCAGCAGCAGCAGCAGCGAUGGUCACAGGACGAGGCUCCUCAGCAGCUUAGUAAUUAUUCCAAUGGGACGCCGCCACGUGGCGCCAUCGCACAGCAAGAUAACGGGUCCUUGCCGUUCCCCAGCCUCUACCGUCCACGUCACGGCCGGCAACAAUCCGCCGACAGUCUCGGCCGUCCCCCGUCAGCCGCGACGCGGCUCCGGCAGGAGUCGGCAGAGCGGCACAGCCGGAGCCACAGCAACCUGCCGAGCUUCUCCGCGCCCGACUCCGCCUCGUCCGACGCCGUCGCGCGCGCCGCGGAGCGUCGAGGAAGCUACUCGGAAGUAGAGGUAGAGUCGGAACACAGGGGGGCGUCGAGAGUAAUUUAUUCCCAGCAGCAACAGCAGCAGCAAGCGACUUCUUCACCGCAAACGGACGGCGCCGGCUCCGGAAGGCGCGCUAGGGUUUCGAGCCAGAGCUUGGGGAACAUGGGCGAAAUCGCCUCCCGCGUGCCCCCCCGCGCGCCCGCGCCAGGUCGGGGGGGGCCCGUGAGCGCGCUGAGGAAGGAGCGCCGCAGGCCGACCUCGUACGACUCGCACCAGUUCGCGACGUCAGACGGCCACGGGGAUGGCACUCGUGUCGCCAAUUUCCCCAGCGGUAGUAACCAGCUGGGGGCUGGGGCGCGGCCUCCCUCGAGUGGGAGCAGCGGCCUUGGUAGGGGAGGCGGCGGCGGGAUUGGUGGGGGGUCUGGAGUCGGCGCAAGGGAGAGGCAAAGGGGGGCAGGGGGGUUGGACGGCCGUGCUGCGGGCUCCCCGAGUUCAGGGUUCCGGGCAGAACCAGGCGCACGGCCCGCCUCCCCUCUUGCGCAGUUGCUCCCGGGGCAGGGACCUUCUGGGGGAGGUGGCAGCGGUAGAGGGCUGGGAGGUGGCAGAGGGGGAGGGGGAGAAAGAGCAGAGGGAGGAGUGGGGUUCGGUGGUAGUGGUGGCGGUGGCGGUAUGAGAGGCACCCCGCCGCGGUCGCCUCUGGCGAGUUUGACGCAUGAGGACUUUGCGGCGUUUGAGGGGUACGGGCGCAACCAGGAGGCGAUCCAGAGCGUGCUGCUGGCGGCCAGGGAGCUCGUCGACGACUGCGAGCAGGAGGGCGUGUGGGAGUCCGAGGCCACGCUCAAGCAGUGGCGCGGCGCUGCCGAACCUGCCGGCCAGGUUCGGCAGCAGUCGCGCGGUGGCUCCGAGCCUGAGAGGCAGCCUCGGCAGCAGGUGCGUGGCGGGUCCGAACCUGAGAGGCAGGCUUGGCAGCCCAGCCCGGACAGGCAAAAGGAGAGGGAUGCGCCGGGGGUUGUGGGCCUGAGGAGAGGAAUGGAUGGCGCAUAUGGGAGCGAGGAAGAAGGGUACCGGCAGCAGGGGCAGCAGGGGCAGCAGCGGCGGCGGCAGCAGCAGGAGGAGGAGUGGGAGAGGAGGAACGGGUCGUACAGCGACCGGAGCUCGUUGGGGGAGCGCGCCACCGACAGCCAGAGCGGGUCGAGCGCAGAGCGCAUGGCGCAUGGCGACAGGGGGGCGCUCGGCGAGCAAGAGGCCCACAGCGCCCAGGGGAGGGGCAGGGGGGUUGGUCACGAGCGAGAUGCGUCUGGGUCUCCCGUUGGCCCGUACAGCAGCGCCGCUGCUGCUGGCCAGGCAGGGAGAGGGGGAGCAGGCGCAGGGGCAGGGGCGGGGGCAGGGGGAGUGGGAGGAGCAGAGGGGGCGGGAGGCAUGGGUCAGGUGGAUGGCGUGGCUCGGAGGAAGAAGCGGGCGGAGCGCCUGCAGGCAGUGCGGUACCGAGAUGCCAUGGCCGCCACUGGCUAUGGCGCUGCUGCUGGCAACGCUGCGGGUGCUGCUGGUGCUGGCGGUGCUGCUGGUGCUGCUGGUGCUGCUGGUGCUGUGGGGGGUCUGGGGGGUAUUGCUGGUGCUGCCUCUGUAGGAGGCUCGGGGGAUUCGAGCCAGCAGCACCGGCGCAUGGUGAGUGUGGACGAGAUGAUCCGCUCUGAGCACGAGCACAGCCGGGCCAAGGCCGCCGCCGUGCACACCGCUGCACAAGGCCCCUCAGCUGUUGAUUUCUAUCUAGGAUUCGAGGACGUGCCACGUCACCUCCUGCACGACGCGCUGGCGGGAGGAAUGCGGGCAGCAGGAGGCGGAGGAGGCGCGGGAGGGAGAGGGGGCGCAGGGGGCGCGGAGAGAUCCGCGGAGGGCGGUAGCAGCAGCAGCAGCAAUUGGGCCAAGGAGGAAAUGGGGUACGGGAGAGGGGAGGGUAUGGCGGGCGAGAGGCGCGGGGGUGAGGUAGGCAGAGCGGAGGGGGGAGGGGCAGCAGCGAGGGGGGGAAGGUCGCGGAGGCAGGCUAGUGCGUGUGAGGUGGGGCUUCGGGCCAUGGGAGGGGGGGGCGGGUAUGGGUAUGGAGGAGAGGGGCAUGGGCAGGGGCAGGAGUAUGGCCAGCAGACAGGGUACGAGCAGCAGCAACGGCAGGCACAGUUGGCGAUUGAGCAGGUGAGCCAAGCAUAUGAGCCGCCGGCGUAUUCCAGUGGGUCUGACGGCCCGCAGCAGGGCACAGCAGGCGUGAGCGAGCACCAGGCGCUGCUGCAGCAGAUGAGGCGGAGGAGGCUGCAGAGUGGCAGUGGCAGUGGCACCGAUAGCAGCACAGGUGGUGGUGGUGCCUCUGCUGCUGCUGAUGCUGCCAUGACUCCCGCUGCUGCUGCUGCUGCUGCUGCUGGGGGCGGUGGUGCUGCAGGUGUUGCUGCAGGCGCUGACAGCGGCAGCGGCGGGCGCCUGGCUGCGUUCCUGGCAGACGCAAUGAAGCUGGCGUCCGGCGCCAGCAACGGCAACGGCAGCUUCACCAGCCGGGAUAGCAGCGAUGGGGGGGAGAGUGUGACGCACACUGAUGGACACGCCCGUGCUGCUGCCGGUGCUAGCGCUGGUACUGGUGGUGGUGGUGGCAUGGGUGGCAAGGAGGGCUAUCGGGCGUCCAGGUUGGGCAGUGGGCAGGAGAGAGGUGCUGCAGCUGGGCAGCAGCGGACAGCCGCUGCUGCAACCGCAGCAAGAGCAGCAGAGGCGGGCAGUGGGACGGAGGGGGAGAAGGAGCAGGCGCCAACGCCGCAUCCCAAGCACAUGAUACGACAGCUGGAGCAGAUGGAACAGAUGGAGCAGGGCGAGAGCGAAAGCCAGCACGGGCAGCAGCAGCAGCACCUACCCCAGAACAACCCUCUGCAGAACAACCUCCCCCAGGACAGCCUUCCCCAGCAGCGCCUGCUGCAGCAACAGGGCGCGCACAUGGUGGUGCGGGACGACCCCAUGGCGCGCCUGGCGCCGCUGACGGACCACAUCCUGCGCAUGCCGUACGAGGACGUCAGGGCGAGGUACUCCCUGGGCAAACACGAGAUCGGCGCCGGCCGGUUCGGGUCCAUUCGCACGUGCCUGGAGCGGGCCUCGGGGCGGGUGUUUGCGUGCAAGACGAUCGACAAGAAGAGCAUCACGUGCCCCGAGGACGCAGACGACGUGCGCAGGGAGGUGGCGUUCCUGGCGACGCUGCAGGGCCAUCCGCACAUCAUCAACCUGCAGGGGGUGAUGGAGGACGACCAGACCAUCCGCCUUAUAAUGGAGCUGUGCUCGGGCGGCGACCUGUUCGACUGCAUCAAGGCGCGCGGGCAACUGUCGGAGCGCACGGCGGCCAUGGUGCUGAAGGCGCUGAUGAGCGCGCUCAUGCACUGCCACGCGCACGGCAUCCUGCACCGCGACGUCAAGCCCGAAAACAUCCUCAUGGCGGACCGGCUGGACGACAGCAAGGGCAUCAAGCUGAUCGACUUCGGCGUUGCCACGAGCCUGGAGCAAGGCGGCCCCUGUUCCGAGGUGGCAGGCACGCCCGAGUACAUGGCGCCGGAGGUGCUGGACGCCAUCUACGGCGUGGAGGCGGACAUCUGGAGCGCGGGCGUGGUGCUGUACGUGAUCCUGUCGGGCGUGCCGCCCUUCUGGGCGUCGACGAACCGCACGCUGGAGGAGGCGAUUCGGCGCAAGAAGGUGGACUUCAAGUACUUCAAGUGGGCCGGCGUGGGGGACGAUGUGAAGGAGCUCAUCAUGCGCAUGCUCAAGAAGAACCCCAGGACGCGCAUCAGCGCGGAGCAAGUUCUCAGCCAUCCAUGGGUGGUUCGGCACACAUCAGGAGAGGAAGAAUGAUGCAGGGCUAACGGGAGGGACAUUAGUCGCUGGACAAGACUUCCCUUCCACGGUCCAACUAAAGUGCCGACGUUUUUCUGCUCGUUUCUUCAAUCGCUCAAGCCAAAUAAAAAUUGGAGGGGGGGUUUACGAAGGGGCAUUCCCCUGAAAGCUGGUGAUAUUCAUGUUUACACUAAUGGAUGAGAUAGGUCACACAAGCUCUGCCAUAUACAAUGCAAGUUCAAUGUGUGGGCCAACGUUUUUGGCGCUAGCAGCUGACUAACAACUUUGUCCCUUAUACUGUAUGAGUCAAGCAUGGCAUGCACAUGUGUGG